AUGGAUUUAUUGAACGACGACACGUUUCCCCCACUCCUUGAGCAACCUUUCCGAACUCCAAAAGGCGCCGAAACACUGAAUAUUGAAUCAUUUUUGGUCAUUCUCACCGCUGCGAUAAUGGAAGAUCACAGUACUUCCACCUACAGUAUUAUGCAAACCCACUGCCACCCGGAUCUGAAGAUAGCAGACUUCACAAAACACGAAUGCCUGUUUCCGCGAACCGAAUCUUUACGACAAUAUCUAUCUCAGAUCGAUGACCUGAAGCACAACUCUCCAAAUUUGCGUUUCAAUCCCUUCAAUUUCUCAGUGACAUUCGAUCAAGACUGCCCAGACCGAGCUAUCGUGUGGUUCACGCUACCUGGCAUAGAGAAGACUGGCGACGAAAGGGAGAGUGUUCAUCGAGUGCAUUGGAGAAGAAGGGAAGAUGACGACGUGUGGGAAGCCUACAUGCAUUCGGCACUGAGAGGACCCGGGACUCUGUUCUUGCAGUCGACUGAUUCGAUUAGGGAGGCAGAAGAUGUCCCUGUGGAUUAUUUGCCUACCAAGAAGUUCUACACGGCGAACGAGUUGAAAAGCUGA